ACCGGGAGAGAGAAGCUGGGACCGCAAACUGUCAACUCGUGCCGACUGGAUCCUAGGUGAGCUGUUGACUGUGACAGCGCUGCAGCUAACAUGGCACCCAAAAAGAAGACUAUCAAGAAGAACAAAGCAGAGAUCAACGAGAUGACUAUCAUCGUAGAAGACGGCCCCCUCAACAAGCUGAAUGCUCUAAAUGGGCUCCUGGAGGGAGGCAACAGCCUUAGCUGUGUUUCUUCUGAACUAACAGACACUUCUUACGGCCCCAACCUACUGGAAGGUUUAAGUAAAAUGCGGCAAGAGAGCUUUCUAUGUGAUUUAGUCAUUGGUACCAAAACCAAGUCCUUUGAUGUCCAUAAAUCAGUGAUGGCUUCAUGCAGUGAGUACUUUUAUAACAUCCUUAAAAAUGAUCCGUCGACGAAAAGGGUAGACCUCAAUGAUAUCGCCCCUUUAGGCCUGGCCACAGUGAUCGCAUAUGCUUACACAGGAAAGCUGACCCUCUCUCUGUACACAAUAGGAAGCAUCAUUUCUGCCGCCGUGUACCUUCAGAUCCACACUCUUGUGAAGAUGUGCAGUGAUUUUCUGAUACAAGAGAUCAGUGUUGAAAACUGCAUGUAUGUGGUUAACAUUGCCGAGACAUAUUGCUUGAAGAAUGCAAAAGCAACAGCCCAGAAAUUUAUCCGGGAUAACUUCAUUGAAUUUGCAGAAUCAGAGCCAUUUAUGAAGCUGACGUUUGAACAGAUUAAUGAGCUUCUCAUAGAUGAUGACUUACAAUUGCCUUCUGAGCUAGUAGCAUUCCAGAUUGCAAUGAAAUGGUUAGAAUUCGACCAAAAGAGAGUGAAGCAUGCUGCAGAUCUUUUAAGCAACAUUCGCUUUGGUACCAUCUCUGCACAAGACUUGGUCAAUUAUGUUCAAACUGUACCGAGGAUGAUGCAAGACGCCGAUUGUCAUAAACUGCUUGUGGAUGCUAUGAACUAUCACUUACUGCCUUAUCAUCAAAACACGCUGCAAUCUAGGCGAACAAGAAUCAGAGGCGGCUGCCGAGUUCUGAUCACUGUCGGGGGACGCCCUGGCCUGACUGAGAAGUCCCUCAGUAGAGAUGUUUUAUAUAGAGACCCUGAAAAUGGAUGGAACAAGCUUACAGAAAUGCCAGCCAAGAGUUUUAAUCAGUGUGUGGCUGUGAUGGAUGGAUUCCUUUAUGUAGCCGGUGGUGAGGACCAGAACGAUGCAAGAAACCAAGCCAAGCACGCAGUCAGCAAUUUCUGCAGGUACGAUCCCCGCUUCAACACCUGGAUCCACCUGGGCAGCAUGAACCAGAAGCGCACGCACUUCAGCCUGAGCGUGUUCAACGGGCUCCUGUACGCCAUGGGCGGCCGUAACUCAGAGGGCAGCCUGGCUUCCCUGGAGUGCUACGUGCCCUCCACCAACCAGUGGCAACCCAAAGCGCCGCUCGAGGUGGCGCGCUGCUGCCACGCCAGCGCCGUGGCCGACGGCCGCGUGAUCGUGACGGGCGGCUACAUCGGCAGCGCGUACUCGCGCUCCGUGUGCGCCUACGACCCCGCGCUUGACGCGUGGCAGGAGCUGCCCGAGCUGAGCACGCCCCGAGGCUGGCACUGCGCGGUGGCGCUGGGCGACAGGGUGUACGUGAUGGGGGGCAGCCAGCUGGGGCCGCGCGGGGAGCGCGUGGACGUGCUCACGGUGGAGAGCUUCAGUCCCGCAGCGCGCCAGUGGAGCUUCGUGGCGCCGCUGCCCGUGGGCGUGAGCACGGCGGGUGUCUCGGCGCUGCACGGCCGAGCCUACCUGCUGGGCGGCUGGAACGAGGGCGAGAAGAAGUACAAGAAAUGCAUCCAGUGCUUCAACCCCGAGCUCAACGAGUGGACGGAGGACGACGAGCUACCCGAGGCCACCGUGGGCGUGUCCUGCUGCACGCUGGCCAUGCCCAACAGCGUGUCCCGCGAGUCACGGGCCAGCUCGGUGUCCUCCGUGCCGGUCAGUAUCUGAACGCAUUGCUUCCCAAUGUGGUCAAACUGUGAGUGGGCCACCAGGAAAAUAUACACCAUUUACUACAGUGAUGGUCGUUCAAAGUCGAUCCAGAGGAGCCCCUGGACGGCUUUAAAUUCUUAGUUUAGCACCAUCUACCUCAGUCUGUCCCCCACCUUCCACCAACAAAAUAAAGGGUUGUAGCCAACGAAAGAAGCAAUUUCAUUCUGCAGCCACUGGGUGGCCAACGGAGUUUGUUACAGUCACUCUUCCUAAAUUCACAGCAGUUACACAGGCGCUGAGAUUUUCCCACGGUGUACACGUGAAACUUACUUGACUAUGCAAUUUCCUAUCCAAAGGAGUAUUUUCCUCUCUGUUUCUUGGGGUGGGGGUGGAGUUGAAAAUACCCAUUUCACAUUUCCAAGUGAAAAUAGUGUACACCUAUUCAUUCUAUUAUUUCAACAUAAAAAUUUCUUUCCCCCUACUUAACU